GGUUUAUUUUCUUGCUGGUCGGCAUCCUGGAUCAUUAGAGUGAUCGUCAUGAAAAUGUUUUCUUACGCGCUUUUCAUCACUCUCUUGCUAACGGUUAAAGCAGAGGAACAACACUGCUCUAAAUAUGACUUUGAGGAGAAGAUUUUGGAAAAAUUAGUUAGAAUGGAAUAUCAAAUGGAAAAACUGAAAUUGGAAGGAAUUGAAAGGGAGGAAAGUGCAACAAAAAUGAAAGACGAUUUUCGAUCAGCGUUAGAGAUAUUGAACAAAACUAUGGAUAAAUUUGAGAUGAGUCUAAAAGUAAAAGCAAACUCUUUUGAGCAAAGCAUUGCUGUCAGAGUUGGUAAAUUGCGGAAAACAGUGGAUCUUAUUGCAGACAAAUCCAAAAUACCAUCGGUUGCAUUUAAAGCACGGCUUAAUUCCCACUUAACGGCGGCUUCAACCGGGCGCUAUAUAGUUUUCCCGAUCACGAUGUUUAACGAGGGAAGCGCAUUCGAUUCUAGCACUGGUAAAUUUACUGUUCCUGUAAAUGGAACGUACUUAUUUACUGUUAUAUUCUGUGUUAGUAGCGGCCAAAGACUUUACAUCGAUAUCACGGUGGACGAUCAAACAACCCAGCCGGUAGUUCUCCGUAGUCAAUCAAACGCUGCAUGUCAGUCAGCUGCCUUGAUAGAAGUCUUGACAGUUGGCCAGCCCGUCGGGGUUAAAGUGACAAACGGUUUCUCAACAUUAACGGUUUUUCAUGGUUCAGACAGAUGGAACACAUUCUCUGGAACUUUGAUACGUGGUAAUUGAUAUCAUCACAUGUUCUCAUUGUAAAAACCACCUGCAUCUUAUAAAACCUGGUAUGAAUUAAUCUUCAGAUUUUAUUUUGCUACAGUGGUAAUAUUAAUAUGAAUUAUUUGUUUAGUCAAUACAUAAUUGCAAGUGUUAAUAUAAUUAUAUGUGAGUGUGCUACAUAUGAUGCAUAUUCUUUUCAGAUAUUCGUUGAGUAUAUUAAUACAUCACUAUUCUUCUGAAUGUAUAAAUAAACUGAAGAACAGAACAGAACAGAUAAUAUAUUCAGAUUUGCACAUAGUACAUAAUCUUGUGUGUAUAUAUAAAUAGAUAUAUUUGUCAAUGUGAGAUACAAUAAGGACAGGCUUUUUAUAGUAAUUUGAAUACAUAUAAAUCAAAACAAUUAAUCAUGUAUUAGGAGAUAGAGCAGAUGUCAGAGUUAUCUUUCUACAUUUAAUAAGCAAGGGCAUUUUUGAUGAACAGUGUAUAAUUGUAUGAGCUCAGUUUUAUCAUAAGAAUUCAAAAGUUUAAUAAGUUCCAAACAGAUGAUCUUUUGAUGUCUUUAAAUAAAACUGUUAGAACACGAAGGACAAAAUUGACACAGUAGUGACACAUACAUUAUAGCAAACAUUUACCGUUGUUACACAUAUUCCUUGUUAACAAUAGUUUUAGAGAUUUUAUGCUUUUAUUACAAUUCUUUGUAUCUGUUUUAUUUGUUGUCCGUGUUUUAAGACACCUUAAAACAUUAUAGUCAAAUGUAAAAUUGUUAAUAUGGACAUUGACGAAAUGUUAAACUUUUAUUCAGUACUAUAUAUAUCAUGAAUGAAAUGUAUAAGUAACGAGUACAGAUUUAAUGGGUUAACGAGGAUAACAUGUAAUAUGCUUUUCAA